AAUGCUACCAUAUUGUUUUGGAUGUAAGAAAAAGAUUAAUAAGCUGAAGCAAGGUGUUCGUUCACUUUGUCAUCAUAAAGUCCAUUGGGCUUGUUUAUCAGAUGGAUUAUGUUCUAUAUGUUCAAGUGUUGAUAAAAAAAGAAUCAGAAUUAUUCUGAGCAAAUGUGAUGAAAUUUUACAAGAUAAAUCUACCAAUAAAGUCUCAAAUGCUGAAAAUAUAGAUCUAAAUCAUACAAGAGAAGAGAUAGAUGUGCAAAAUAUAAUAAUGGAUGUUGAUCAUGAAGAAGUGGUUACCCUUAUUGAAACACUGAAUUGUGAUGCAGAGUACAGGCUUGAUAAUAAUCUUAGUGAAAGCAGCCCUCUGCAUGGAAAUACAUUACAUUUGAAUGAGAAUGAUAUCAAUAUGGAGGAGUCCUUUGAAAGUAUACCAGAGGUGAACUAUGACAGCAAUGGUAAAUUCAGAAUAUUCCCUACAGGAAGUCAAAAAGGCAAAGAAUUACUUGUAUCUAAUGGUCACUCAUUUGUUGUCAAAAGAAAAGACAAGACUUCCAUAAUUUGGAGAUGUGGAGUUAGAAGCAAGAAAAUGAAAUGUCCUGCCAGUGUCAUUCAAAGAAAUAAUAACUUCUCUUUGGAGUCUAAAUAUCAUAUUCACCCCCCCAAAAAAAAUUUAGAACAAAUUAUUGAAAUGAAAGUGACAGCAAAACAAAAAGGAAAGACUGACACCAAUGUUAGUGGAAAACGAAUAGCUGAAAAUGUUCUGCUUCAUUUUGCAAAUAUGGGAAAUAUUGUAAAAGUUGAAAAUUGCAAAGAAAUGAUAAAUUACCAUAGAAGAAAAAAUCGUCCCAAUGAACCUAUUGGAAGAAACUUUCUUAUUAAUAAUUGCUUCAUUCCUGAUGAUUUCUUAAAGAAAGAUGUCGUUGAAAAUAAUGAAAGAGUGAUUAUUUUUUCCACUUCAAAACAACUUAGCUUACUUGCAGGGUCAAAAGUCUGGUACUUAGAUGGAACUUUCAAGAUUGUUAAGGACCCAUUUACACAGUUAUUUUUAUUUCACUCAUUCCUCAAAAAAGAAGGUGAAUUAAAACAGGUUCCUCUUCUAUAUGCAUUCAUGUCAUCAAAAAAGAAAAAAGCAUAUAAUCUGUUAUUCAAGUGCAUUAAUCAACUGCUACAAUAUAAGGAACCAAAAAAGAUAGUUAUGGAUUUUGAAAAAGCUGUUUGGAAAGCUGUAUUAAAUAAUUGGGAAAAUGUAAAUCUGUCAGGAUGCUUAUUCCAUUGGAAUCAAGCAGUUUAUAGAAAAAUUCAGGAGCUUGGUUAUUCAUCAGACUUCAACAAAAAAAAUGGACAAUGGUUUGAAAUGAGACAGCUAAUGGCUUUGCCAUUCCUUCCAUCUCACAUUAUUCCAAUAGAGUUUAUUAAAAUUAAGGAUUACCUUAAAUCAAUUGAUAAACUUGCUGAUUUUAUUGAUUAUUUUGAAAGAACUUGGAUUUUGAAUGAUGUUUGGUCACCAAAACGUUGGUCUAUCUAUCAAUGUGCAAUCAGAACAAAUAAUGAUGUUGAGGGAUUUCACAAUAGGUUGAAUGGAAAUGUUGGAGUGAAUGUUUCAUUUUAUUCUGUGAUAGAUGAAUUGAAAAGGGAAGCAGACCUUAUACCAGCAUAUCAAAGAAUGUUAUCAGAAAAGAAGAUAUUAAGAUACCAAAGAAAGCUUUAUAAGAACCUGCAAAAUAAAAUAUUUUCAAUUUGGGAAAGAUUUGAACAGCAUGAAAUUACUUCAUCAGAAGUUCUACUAAAGUGUUCUGAACUUUAUUUAGUAGCUCAAUAA